AUGUCUCUGCCUCAACCGCACCAAACUUUGCCUUUCCGGCUGCACCACCCACAGCAACGGCCUGCGAGUUUCACCGACGAAACAAAUUCCCGCGUCGACACCCCCGAGACGCUUCUGACCCCGUUGCCCGCGCGACUAGGCGAGUUACGAGCCGCGGCUCAUGGACUUCCAGCUGAGAUGACGCAGCGAUCUGGUGCAAAUGGCUCACACGCAUCUGCCGCAUCCGCCUCCAACGGCGGUGAAACGUCCCGAUUCAAGGUCCAGUCGACUAGCAGCUCCGACCGUGAAUCGCAGACCAACGAGAUCAACGACAGGCGGCCCUUGAGCGCGCCCGGCCGCAAGAAUGGCGUCACUGCGAGCGACGACAUCCGCCUAGAGCCCGAGCGGCCGAUUCGACCAGUGAAACCACCGCUUCAUCGCUCCAAGAGUGAAUAUGUGCCGCGACAGAUCGAGGAGUCGGACCAUGAAGAGGACGAGGUCCGCGACUGGGGAGCCAGACACGGGUUUGAAGACCAUUAUCAAUCAGAGCACAUCAUUUCUCAGCUUGCAAAUAAUUGGUACAUGUAUUUCACAGAUAAACGACAUGAAACUACCGCCAAACCCAAGGCGGUGCAGUACGAACUUCAAGAUUGGCGCCAAAGAGACAGACUCAAGACAGUAUCUGCAGCUCUCGCUGUGUGUUUGAAUAUCGGAGUCGAGCCUCCCGACCAGCUCAAAACCAACCCGGGCGCAAAACUAGAAGCCUGGACCGACCCAACUAUCCCUCCUAUUCAAAAGGCACUCGAGAAUAUUGGCAAAGCCCUCCAAGCGCAGUACGAGACUCUCGCGAUUAGAGCUCGUUAUAAGCAAUAUCUGGAUCCGUCAGUAGAGGAGACUAAGAAAUUCUGCAUUUCUCUUCGUCGGAAUGCCAAGGAAGAGCGCGUAUUGCUGCACUACAACGGCCAUGGUGUACCAAAGCCGACGGCGUCAGGAGAGAUUUGGGUGUUCAACAAGACCUACACCCAGUAUAUCCCGGUCUCGCUCUACGACCUGCAGCAAUGGCUUCAGGCACCCACUAUUUUCGUGUGGGACUGCUCAGAGGCCGGUAAUAUCCUGAAUAAUUACCACCGGUUCGUUGACAAGCAUGAAGAGGAAGAGGAAGAAACUGCGCUGCGAGACCCUCAUCACGUCAAGACCAACUUUAGACCAUACAUCCACUUGGCUGCGUGCGCAGUCAAGGAAAACCUCCCUACGAACCCGCUGCUCCCGGCAGAUCUUUUCACGUCAUGCCUGACCACCCCGAUCGAGAUGGCACUUUGGUUCUUCGUCCUACAGAACCCCCUCAAGACAAAUCUUACCCCCGAGCGCGCCAAGAAGCUCCCCGGCCGUCUUCAGGAGAGGCGGACGCCUCUUGGCGAGCUCAACUGGAUUUUCACCGCCAUCACUGAUAGUAUCGCCUGGACCACACUACCGCGAGAUCUGUUCAGGAAAUUCUUCCGCCAAGAUCUUAUGGUGGCUGCUUUAUUCCGCAACUUCCUCCUUGCGCAAAGAAUCAUGAUGGUUUAUGGGUGCCAUCCUCAGUCUUACCCUGAAUUGCCAGAUACUCAUCAACAUCCCCUUUGGGAAACAUGGGAUUUGGCUGUAGACAUGGCGUUAGCGCAGUUGCCAUCACUGGAGAGGAAAGAGAAUGAAGGCAUCGAUUAUGAAUAUCAGAAUUCAACCUUCUUUACCGAGCAGUUGACUGCUUUUGAUGUUUACCUCACCAGAGGCGACGCCGUGGCCCAAAAGCCCCCUGAUCAGUUGCCUGUCGUUCUUCAGGUCCUGCUGAGCCAGCAACACAGGGUAAGGGCCUUGAUAUUACUAGGCAGAUUCCUGGACUUGGGGCCAUGGUCGGUACAGCUGGCUCUAAGUAUCGGUAUCUUUCCAUAUGUUUUGAAAUUGCUGCAGUCCGCCGCAACUGAACUCAAGCCCGUCAUGGUCUUCAUCUGGGCCAGGUUGAUUGCUGUGGAUAUCUCGUGCCAGCAAGAUCUAAUUAAAGAUAGCGGCUAUAGUUAUUUCGCUCAAAUCUUGAAGCCAAGUGAGGCUCUACCUGUCGUGAACGGAGAUGAGCACAAGGCCAUGUGUGCAUUCAUCUUGGCCAUGUUGUGCAAGGGCUACAGAAAUGGCCAGAUGGUAUGCAAUCAAACGGAGAUCAUGAGCUACUGCCUAUUCCAUCUAUCAAAUGAUAGCAACCCCCUCCUGCGCCAGUGGUCUUGUUUAUGCAUCAGCCAGCUGUGGCAGGAUUUACCCGAGGCCAAAUGGCGUGGCAUUCGAGAAAAUGCAUAUGCCAAGCUGGCAUUCCUCACCAAAGAUCCGUGCUGUGAAGUACGGGCAGCCAUGAUUCAUGCCCUGACCACUUUCCUCGGGAUUCCUGACCUCACUGAGGAGGUUGCGCGGAUUGAGGAGUCGAUUGCUUGGACAAUUCUUGACAUGGGUAAUGACGGUAGCCCAAUCGUGCGCAAAGAAUUUAUUGUCUUCUUGUCGCACUUCAUUGUUCGCUUUGAGAGCAAGUUUUUGGUUGCCGCCUAUGAACAGCUCCUCGAGGAGAAGGAGUAUCUGGUGUACCCUCCACAAGACGACGGCCAGGAUCAUAGAAUGGGCUUACACUAUGCCAGACCAGAUAACCGACAGAGAGACGGGACCAUCAAGCCAACUGCCCACGGCCUUUCUCACAACACGGUUUACAUGGCAUUCUGGAAGCAUGCAUUGAUUCUGAGCGUCGACCCUCACCCAGAGGUACAGAAGGAGGCCGGAACAGUCAUCGAUUAUGUACACAAGGCUUUAAUAAACUCUACACUCGGUGAGGCAGCCCAAGUCGUGAUGGGGGAGAUCCAGAGACGGGCAAAUAGGGUAGCUCGCAGCAAAAGCUCCGUUAGCUUGGGCCCGAGGAGCAAUGGUGCCCUCAGUCCCCAGCCGCUGCAAUCUCCUGGGCUGCUCCGACGGACGGCCAGCCUCCUCUUCCAGUCUUUCAUCAACAGCGAGGACAAGUCGAGGCCUACCACUCCCAAUAGCCCAUUUCCACCAAAAUCACCUUCAUCCAAUAUAUCGCCUGAUCGGGUAUCAGCACCUCCUGAACAGAACGACCACCCCGGGUCUUCGGCGACAUACCAUAGCGCGCGAGAGCCAGUUUCCGGCGCGUUUGAAGAGCGCGAUCUGACCAAAGAGCCAAGUCUGCCACUCACAAGCAAGUUCCUUGAGUGGUCUAUUGAGUAUUUCCGCGAGCCGCAGAUGAAGAACACCGAGGCGGACGAACCCGGAAGCACGGACUAUAAUGAGAGGCUAUGGCGGAGAGCUAGAAAUGAGAAUAUAAUGAGAGAAACUCAGCCGCUGAAGCAGCUUGCAGGGGCUCACAAGUGGAAUAACCAGCUAGGAAUUAUAAACAACGGCGCACAGCCUGCCAAGAUGACAUUCCACCAAUUUGAGGAUCAUUUGGCUGUAGCAGACGAUGCCAACUCGGUCUACAUUUGGGAUUGGAAGAAGCAAGGGCGCCUGAACAGAUUCUCCAACGGAAACCCCGAGGGCUCCAAAAUCAGCGAUAUGAAGUUCAUCAACGAGGAUGACCAGGCCAUAUUGAUGACUGGAUCUUCAGAUGGUGUAAUUCGAGUAUACCGCAACUAUGAUUCAGAACAAGACAUUGAGCUAGCGACGUCUUGGCGAGCGCUUACACACAUGGUGCCCAGCAAUGUCAAUUCUGGAAUGGUUUUUGACUGGCAACAGGCAACAGGACGAGUUCUUGUUGCCGGCGACGUGCGGGUUAUCCGAGUAUGGUUUGCCGGACAUGAGACUUGCACAAUGGAUAUACCAGCUCGAUCUGGCUCGUGUGUCACAUCCCUCACAUCGGAUCAAAUGACGGGCAACAUCUUUGUGGCUGGAUUUGGCGACGGCGCGGUCCGAGUCUUUGAUACGCGACUAAAGCCACAGGAAUCCAUGGUGCGCAAAUGGAAAGACGAGACAGACCGCCAAUGGAUCAAGAGCGUGCACAUGCAGCGUGGAGGAAAGCGAGAACUAGUAAGUGCCAGUCGAAAUGGCAAAAUCAAGAUUUGGGAUAUCCGCAUGGACAAGGCCUUGCAUUCCUUUCAGACGACGCAAGACUCCCUCCGGACGGCAAGCGUGCACGAGCAUUUGCCAGUAUUCUCUGUCGGCACCUCUUCACACGCCGUCAAGGUGUUUAACUUGAAUGGCAACGAACUUUCUCGCCUAGAGCCAUAUUCAAGCUUCUUGCAACAAACGCGAGGAACUCCCAUUUCCGCUACAGCGUUCCACCCACAUCACCCCAUUCUUGGAUGCGCAGCUCGAGGGGAUCACCACAUUAAUUUGUUUACUUGUGAGAAGACUGAGCCGAUGCAGCUUUCUUAG